GUUGCCAUCAUGAGUCUUAAACAACCCUGCAUCUUUCUCAGAGGAGGAACGAGGAGACAAACAAGAUCUCUUACUCGCGAUGAGAUAGAAGAGUUACAUGAAGCCUUUGUAGAGUUUGAUAAAGACAAGGAUGGUUUCAUAAGCUGUAAAGACUUGGGGAACCUCAUGAGGACCAUGGGUUACAUGCCAACUGAAAUGGAGCUGAUAGAACUGGGCCAGAACAUCAACAUGAAUUUGGGGGGACGGGUGGACUUUGAGGAUUUUGUAGAACUAAUGACCCCCAAGCUUCUGGCUGAAACUGCAGGGAUGAUUGGAUUGAAGGAACUUAAAGAUGCUUUCAGAGAGUUUGAUAUAGAUGGAGAUGGUACUAUCACAUCUGAUGAGCUGAGACAUGCCAUGGUAAAGUUAUUAGGUGAACAAACCAGCAAAAAUGAAAUUGAUGCAGUGGUCAGAGAAGCUGACAACAACGGAGAUGGAACAGUUGACUUUGAGGAGUUUGUGAAAAUGAUGUCACAGAAAUGAGGACAACAGUAUGAAUGGAUGGUUUUGAAUGGAGAGGAUGGCUUUUUUAAUUGAAUUUUAUGCUGAUGAUAGCCCACUUCUUAUGAAUAAUUUUACUUUAUUUUCCUGUUUCUUAAGUGGCAUCUGCUUCGUACAUGAUCAUCUGGAGUUGAUUCAUUUUAAGUGAACAAAGAAGUUUUGUUCUUUUGGGUUAAAGUGGAUGAACAUAAAAUUAUUCAAAUCGAAAUGGUAGCUCUAAAUACUCAUAACCUUAACUUUUUUAAUAUUUACAGUUC